GGGACAUUCCACGUAGCCUGCGCGAGCUGACAGAGCGGGGCUGCAGAGGGGCCAGUUGCAGGCGCCGUGGGGUCCGGCGUGCGGUGUGUCGUCGUGUCACCUGCUUCUGUCCCCUCGUUGCCAGCACCGUCUACGCUCGAAAGGCCUGGACGCAGGUCCGGGGCCGGGCCGCCCGUCAUGGACUUCUCCAAGUUCCUGGCUGACGACUUCGACGUGAAGGAGUGGAUCAACGCGGCCUUCAAGGCCGGCCCCAAAGAGACGGCGGCGGCCAAGGCGGACGGCCACGCGGCCACGCUGGUGAUGAAGCUGCAGCUGUUCAUCCAGGAGGUGAACCACGCCGUGGAGGAAACAAGCCUCCAGGCUCUUCAGAAUAUGCCCAAAGUACUCCGGGAUGUGGAGGCCCUUAAACAGGAGGCAUCUUUUCUGAAAGAACAAAUGGUUCUUGUCAAGGAGGACAUUAUAAAGUUUGAGCAGGACACAUCACAGUCGAUGCAGGUGCUGGUGGAAAUUGACCAGGUGAAGUCCAGAAUGCAGCUGGCUGUGGAGUCUCUUCAGGAAGCUGACAAGUGGAGCACGCUGAGCACUGAUAUUGAGGAAACAUUUAAGACUCAAGAUAUAGCUGCGAUUUCUGCCAAGCUGACUGGGAUGCAGAACAGCUUGAUGAUGCUUGUUGACACCCCAGACUAUUCGGAAAAAUGUGUGCACUUGGAGGCUCUGAAGAACAGGCUGGAGGCCCUGGCCAGUCCCCAGAUUGUGGCAGCAUUCACCUCUCAGUCUGUAGAUCAGUCUAAAGUAUUUGUGAAGGUUUUUGCUGAAAUUGACCGGAUGCCCCAGCUCCUUGCGUACUACUAUAAGUGUCACAAGGUUCAGCUUCUUGCAGCCUGGCAGGAGCUGUGCCAGAGCGACCUUCCCCUGGAUCAGCAGCUCACUGGCCUCUAUGAUGCCUUGCUUGCGGCCUGGCACACACAAACCCAGUGGGCCACACAGGUUUUCAAGAACCCUCACGAGGUGGUGACAGUGCUGCUGAUCCAGACCCUGGGGGCCUUGGUGCCCUCCUUGCCCAUGUGCCUUAGCACAGGUGUGGAGAGGGCGGGGCCUGAGUUGGAGCUUAUCAGACUGUUGGAGUUCUUUGAUACCACCGCCCACUUUGCCAAGGGGCUGGAGAUGGCAUUGCACUCCCACCCACAGGAGCACAACCUGGUGAAAGUCGUGGAGCUGGUGGAUGCUGUGUAUGGCCCCUACAAACCAUACCAGCUGAAGUACGGCGACAUGGAGGAGAGCAACCUCCUCAUACAGAUCAGUGCUGUGCCUUUGGAACAUGGGGAAGUGAUUGACUGUGUGCAAGAGUUGAACCACUCAGUUAACAAGCUCUUUGGCCUGGCAUCUGCAGCUGUUGACAGAUGUGUCAAAUUCACCAAUGGCCUGGGGACGUGUGGCCUGCUGACAGCCCUGAAAGCCCUCUUUGCCAAGUAUGCAUCUGAUUUCACCAAUGCUCUCCAGUCCAUACGUAAAAAGUGUAAACUGGAUGAUGUUCCUCUUAGCUCCCUUUUUCAGGAAGAUUGGACGGCUUUCCAGAACUCUGUCAGGAUAAUAGCCACCUGUGGAGAACUCCUGCGCCAGUGUGGGGACUUUGAGCAGCAGCUAGCAAACAGAAUCCUGUCCACAGCCGGAAAGUAUCUGUCUGACUCCUAUAGCCCUCGCAGCCUGGCUGGGUUUCAGGAUAGCAUCUUGACAGACAAGAAGAGCUCGGCCAAGAACCCAUGGCAGGAAUAUAAUUACCUCCAGAAAGAUAACCCUGCUGAAUAUGCCAGUUUAAUGGAAAUACUUUAUACCCUCAAGGAGAAAGGAUCCAGUAAUCACAACCUUCUGGCUGCAUCCAGGACAGCCCUGACUCGGCUUAACCAGCAGGCCCACCAGCUGGCUUUUGAUUCUGUCUUCCUGCGCAUCAAACAGCAGCUGUUGCUUGUUCCCAAGAUGGACAGCUGGACCACAGCUGGCAUUGGAGAAACGCUGACAGAAGAUCUGCCUGCAUUCAGCCUUACCCCUCUCGAGUACAUCAGCAACAUUGGACAGUACAUAAUGUCUCUGCCUCUGAAUCUUGAGCCAUUUGUGACUCAGGAGGACUCUGCCUUAGAGCUGGCAUUGCAUGCUGGGAAGCUACCAUUUCCUCCUGAGCAAGGAGAUGAACUGGCCGAGCUGGACAACAUGGCAGACAACUGGCUGGGCUCUGUCGCCAGAGCCACGAUGCAGACCUACUGUGAUAUGAUCCUCCAGAUUCCUGAGCUCACCUUGCAUUCCACCAAGCAACUGGCCACUGACAUUGACUAUCUGAUCAACGUGAUGGACGCCCUGGGCCUGCAGCCAUCCCGCACCCUCCAAAGCAUCAUCACACUCUUGAAGGCCAAGCCUGAGGAGUACAGACAGCUUAGCAAAGGCUUGCCACGCCGCCUGGCCACCACAGUGGCUGCCAUGCGCGGUGUGAGUUACUGACCCCUCCCAAAAAGAUCCCAGAAGAGGCUCAGGUGUCAGAAGCCUCAGUGACUCCAAAAACAUUUGUUCUCAGCAUCUGCCAGCAGUGCUUUAAAGACGUGUGUGUGUGUGUGUGUGUGUGUGUGUGUGUGUGUGUGUGAGAGAGAGAGAGAGAGGAGAGAGAGGAGAGAGAGAGAGA